CCGUGAACAGAAGAUCCGUUAGAGUUUAAAAAGAUUAGGCUUUUGACUUAAAAUGCUUUUCCCUCCGGCCUAAUAAUGGUUCAGUCUUUGCGUCUUAUCGUCGGCGAUAUCUGACAGCCUAAUACGCUUAGCGCCAGUAAUCUUUGUAGUCCAAGUUACAAGACACUUCAAAAGGAAUCUAUUCCCCAGUAGAGAUUUGGGAAACGUGAUGUGAAACGAAGCAAUGGACAAGGAAAAAUAUUUCUCUGUCCAGCCGAACAGCAGAAAUGCGCCUUAUUUAAGAACAAGAAGUAGAGAAAGUGGACGAACCAAGACUACGUUUCGUAAAACAGCGAGACAAAUAUGGAUCGCGAAUUCAAUCUCAAAACAUCACGUUGGUGUGGAGUCCUAUUCGAAAAGCAGUGAAGGUAAUCAGAAAACCCUGAAUAGUACCACAUUGGAAACAAACGCUUCCUCUCCAAGCCGUCCACCGAGCGUUCAAAGGAGAGGAACUCCAGAUAUCUUUCCGAUGUCUUCCGAAAUGAGGAAGACGUUAGUUUUGCUCGGAAACUUAGAUUUGUUGCCCGAGGAAGAGAGAAAAAGGCAAGAUGAACUAGUACAAGCCGAAAAAAAUAAAAAACUCAAAAGUUUUCGACAAAGAGCUCAAAUGAGAGUUAUUCAGCCUCAGAGGUUUAUUCGAAGUUUUCGUAAUGGCGGAAUCCGGAAAAAUGCCGAAAAAAACGCAAAUGAACUUGAAAAUAUCAAUACGACAGCUGUAGAGUCAUUAAUUAAUUCAAGAGCAAGCAAUGACACAAGCAGUCUGUGUGCUAAAGCCGAAGAAAUGGAAAAAAAUAACGACGAAAUAAAGCUAGAAAAUAUUUCGUCAGACGACGAAGACGAUGGUAGUGAACGACAGAAAACUAAACGAGACUCAUUAUUUUUUACUCCAUCACCGAGAGAGCAAGAAAGAAGCUCUAAAGAUCCUUGGCGAAAAGCAAUCAAAAGACAUCAACAUGUGCAAGUCGUGCCAAAUCCUUCGAAUCCCUUUUUUGUCCGGAAACGCUUUAACCAGACAAAGAGGGAAUUUUUUUCUAAGAGUUGGCAGCCAAAUUCAAAUUUCCACGAAAAGUUUCCGAGCAUCAAAAGAACUUACAGCUUAGGUUCACCAAGAACACUCAGCACAGAGCCAACAGAUUUGAAUAUCGACUUAGACGAUUACACUGAACCAAUAAACGAUGGUAAAACCAUUGAUGAAAUUACUAAUGAUAUUCAAGAAAGGUGUUCAAAAUGGUUUGAAUUUAGACAAAAAAUAUUAACGAAAUCGUACGAACAUAAAUGAGUCGAGUUUGAACUAAUUUAGUCAUGGUUUUCAGUUCAAAACAAUAAAACUCGAACUAAAAAUUAUUUAAAAUAUUACGAGAAAAUUUAGAAAAAAGAAGCUUGCUAGAUCUUGGUAAGACAAAAUUCUCGAUGCGUUCAAGUAUCAUAAAGCUAACGAGAAUAACUGAGGAAAACAACUUAGAAUUACUUUUCAAAAUGGUUGAUCAUGCAAGCACAAUCACAAAACAAAAGCUCCAUUUAUUUGUACAGAGAGUAAAUAUUUUUCAAGCUAUUGCGUAGAAGAUUGUAUUCUUGGUUUUCACCUACGUCAUCAUGAAUUUCAAAAGCGUAAAUUCGCAUUAUAAUGAAAUAAAAGUCUUAUAUUCUUGUAAAGCGUUCCAAACUACAUAUGCUGGUUAAAUUUUAAGGCUGUAAAGCAUUUCGUUGCGGAACUAUAGGCGAGUAAACAUGACGCAAUUUUUGGUUAAAAUGUAUGGAGCGGCCAUCUUGGUGUUCCAAGUUGGUACACCAUCAUGGCGGACGAAAUUCUAAAGGCUUAAAAUGAUGGAAUAUUCAAUAUGUUUGACUAUUUUUCACUUACACAUACUUUAAAUAGAUAUUUUAAACGUGUCUAAGGGAAAA